AUGUCUAUGUCGCGCCAUGCGGCACCUCCUGAUGAUAGCAGGAAGAACGAGCGCAUGGAGAGCUGGCACGCGCAUAAUCCGAACCAGUUCCAGCGAGGAUACGCUGCACACCGUCUGGGGAGGGAGCAGCGAGGUCGUCGGCGUGGUGAAGGUGAGGGUGGGGACCGGGGCGAGGACGAGGAAGUCGAUGAGCUGGCUGAGGAUUCUGAGCACGAAGAAACGAGGUCGCGGAUGGACGUCGUCGACGACGGCCCUCGAGAUUCGCAGCGCUCGCGACAUACAGCUCCGAGAGAGCGCAACGAAUACCCUCGCCUGGAUCCAAAUGCUUUGCGUCCCAGUUCACGAUCUACUAGUACAAUGAGCCCUUCACUCUCUCCACCGUCCUCGUCUUCCCUUUCCCCAGCACUCUCGGCUUUCGGCGGGCCGUCGUCCCAGUCUUCACGUUCGUCUGAAUCUCGCUCGCCUAUUUCGUCAUCCUCGUCUCCGUUGGACGCCAAACCGCGGUACAGCCCCUCGACGCCGUAUUCACGAAGUGUGGCUGAUACAAGGGUGUCUACUAUGUUGAGGCCUGCGUUUGGUUAG